CUUAGGUCCCCUGGCAGCGGCGGAGGUGCCCGGCCCAGCCGGCGGCGCCCUCUGCUCGCUUCCCAACUCGCCAGCCCUUUCCUCGGGCGUGAUGCCCCGGGUGCACGCAGGGCUCGCCGCUACCCGUGCCGGGGGGGCCUCCGCGCUGCCCCUGCUGCUGCUUCUGGUGGGCCUGUGGCCGGCGCCCCUGGCCCGCGCCCGGCCGCCCCCGGGUCCCGACCCCCUGCGGCGCGGGUGGCAGCGGCUGCUGGCGGAGGGCGAGGCCUGCGGCCCCUGUCGGCCGGGAGAGUGCGCCACGCCUCGGGGCUGCCGGGCGGGCCGGGUGCGCGACGCUUGCGGCUGCUGCUGGGAGUGCGCCAACCUCGAGGGCCAGCUCUGCGACCUGGACCCUGGCGCCCACUUCUACGGGCGCUGCGGCGAGCAGCUGGAGUGCCGGCUGGACGCGGGCGACGCGCUGAGCCGCGGGGAGGUGCCGGAGCCGCGGUGCGUCUGCCGCACCCAGCGCCCGCUCUGCGGGUCGGAUGGCCGCACCUACGCCCAGAUCUGCCGCCUGCGAGAGGCGGCCCGAGCGCGGCCCGACGCCAAUCUCACCGCGGCGCACCCGGGGCCCUGCGAGUCGGAGCCCCAGAUCCUGUCGCAGCCCCACGAUGUUUGGCAUGUGACAGGGCAGGAUGUGAUGUUCGGCUGUGAAGUGUUUGCCUAUCCCAUGGCCUCCAUUGAGUGGAGGAAGGAUGGCUUAGAUAUCCAGCUGCCAGGGGACGACCCCCACAUCUCUGUGCAGUUUAGGGGUGGACCCCAGAGAUUUGAGGUGACCAGCUGGCUGCAGAUCCAGGCUGUGCGACCCAGUGAUGAGGGGGCCUACCGCUGCCUCGCCCAAAACGCCCUGGGCCAGGUUGAGGCCCUCGCCGCCCUGACAGUACUCACGCCAGAACAGCUGAACUCCACAGGCACACCCCAGCAGCCAUCACUGGACCUAGCACCUGAGGAGGAGGCUGGAAGUGAAGAGGGCGAAGAUUACUACUAGGUCCAGAGCUCUGGCCCUCGGUGGGGAAGAGUGGGCAUAGUGUUCGUCCCUGCUCUUUUUUUUUUUUUUUUUUGGUACCAGGGAUUGAACUCUGGUCCUUGUGCUUGCGAGGCAGGCAAUGGAACCACUGGGCUAAAUCCCCAGCCCUUGUCCCUGCUCUUGAGAAGACCUGGGAAAGACCUGCAAAGGGCAAGCAUGGGUUGUUUUGAUGCUCCUAGCAGGGCUGUCGGUCGUGGUGGGGGGGAGAGGGGCAGACACAAGGGGUGCACAGGCGGCUGUGCAGAAGACUCUGGCUCUGAAGGCCUCCAGCAUGGCGGCCAGCUGGUCCUGGUGGAGGCUGGCCCCACGUCCACAAAGGGGGGGACACCAGGAUGCCCUUUCUCUUCAGCAGCCCUUCCUCCAGCCCUGCUCAGCCAGUGUCUUCUAACUGCCAGACCCUGCUGCUCCUGUGAUCUUCCGGGUACCCAGCCUUUGCCAAGCCUCAAUUUACCCCUCCUCAAAACUCAUCUUCCAGUUUUCCUCUCACCGCAGGCCUGCUUGCACUUGCAAACUGCAAUCCUUUGUGCUGUUCAUCUCCUCUAUAAGAGAGUACAGCAGAGUAGUUUGGUUCAGUGCAGUAAGGGAGUGGGCUUGCUCCUAUCUUAUACCGCUGUGUAGUGGACUGAACAUGACACGAGGCACAGUGGGCACCAAUAAAGAUUAACAAGCUGAGCACACGCUGCAGACAGUUCUUGCAGGCGGCGUGUGAAGACUGACGCCCCAGAGGCCUCGCGCGGGACUCCUGCUCUGGACAGGACGAGCCGAUGCUUGGAGGAGUGGCAGAGAUGGAAGUCCCAGGCCCCUGUUCAGUGUACCGUCUCCUCUCCAGGCAGAGUAGGAGCCUGUUCCGUCCACCCGGGCUGAGCCCUGUCCAGUCUGACCCUGGUUCCCCAGCUCUCUGUUCACAUUCUCCUUAAAAGACCAGUGGCACCGAGGAGACUACUGGGUGACUGAAGGGGACAGUAAAAGCGUAAAUUAGGGGCCAAGCCACUGUCGGCCGCCCGUGGCCUCCCACGCGCCUGGGCCCCGCCCGGGCUGGCGCCACAGUGGGAGGGACUGGGGCUCCGAGUCUGAGUUUGUCCUCUGGGAACUGGCGACGUGGUCGAAACCCUGACCUCGGGCGCGGGCGCGGCCGCCCCUCUGCAUCCGAGCGCAGCUCCCGCCUCGCCUGCCCUCGGGCCAGCCCGGGACGCUUCUGCUUGCUGACCCGGACUGGAGCCCCGGCGGCCAAGGCCAGGCCAGCGGCUCGUACUUGGAGCGAAUACCAAGGCGACCUCGGGAACAAGGGUUGGGGUUGGCGGUGGGUUCCUGUUGGAGCCAAGGGACGACAGCUUUGUGCAGAGAGCGGACCCGGGUCUGGGGGGCCCGACCGGGCGACUGCGUCCAGCACGGAGCCUAGGCUCACCGCCCAGGCCGGGGCACCGAGAGGGUGCCUGGAGUCCCUGGAAUCCGUUCUCCUCGGUCGCGUUUGCAGUUUGCAGGUCUUUCCUAAGCAACCUCCUCGAGGCCUCAGUUUCCCCCUCCGCCACCCCGCUGGCUGGGCUCCGCAGCUUGGAACGGGAGGGGCCCCUGCUGGCCCGCACCCCGCCUCCGCUGCAGCGGGCCGGCUUUAAUAAUGUCGCUGGAAAGUGACACGCGAUUUAUUAUUAAAGUAAUGCGGGCGCAGGGACGGGAAAGGUUUAAUAAACGCGCCGAGAUGCCGAGGAUUAUUCACCGCAAAUAAAUGAGAGCGCGGGCGGCGUUUUAAUAAAUAAUUUCCCGCUGCUCCCUGGGGGGAUGAGGCAGACUGCGAACUCUCGCCUCGCUCCGCUUUCCGCGCUGGGCCUGCUCGCCCUGGUGGGAGUUUCCAGGAAAGCCCACCCAGAGGGGGCCCCAGGACCUAGCCGGGACGAGUCCGCCCCGCCCCGCCCCGCCGCCCCGCCUCCAGGGCCUCAGGCGGCUUCCCCAAGACGCCCUAGGGUGUCCAUCAGGAGUCCAGGCCCGAUCGAUGGGGCAGACAGGACGGGAAGCCGCCCCUAUCGAGCAGAGGCCCCCAAGAAGAAGCCGCCCCUCCGGAGCCCAGGCUUCGCGGGCCUCGAGGCCUGCUGGCUCCUCCCCCCAAGUCUGGCGGUCCCGGGCUGGGCGUCCCCACUCGGCGCAGGGGCACUGUGAGGGGUGAGAUGAGGGGCCGUGGGUACACGUGUGUGCCCGUGACCCCGGCUGACACGCCCGGGCCUCGUGGGGAAGCGAGUCCUUCAGCCGCACGCCGAACCGACGCGGAGAAGGAGCCCGAGACGGAGCCCGGGCCGGCGGUUUAGGACUGGGCGGAGCCAGAGCCCCCAGGCGGGGCGGCUCGGCGACAGAAGCCCGAGGCUCGGCUGGAGAGGACGACCCCGCCUUCGCCUUCGGAGAAGCCCAGACCGCAGACUCUGGGGACGGAGGACACUAGGACACUCGUGACGCUGGGGGAAGGGGGAGUAGGGAGGCGCCCGCACACCUGGCUCCGCCAACGUCGCGCCCCAGCCCCAAAGCGACAUCUCUGGCAACUCUUGGAAGUACAGGAAGUGUGGAAAGAGUGCCAUCUGGUGGAUACUUCUGGCGGUGACAGGCAGGCCGGGCCAGGACCUUCGAGUUUUUCCUUGAUUGGAAAAAUCUGUGUUUAAAAGAAGUUCGAUUUCUACUCAUUUAGUGUAUGUGAACGUGCACACAUGUGCGUUAUAUAUACCAUAAACAUCUAUGUCUGAUAUCUAAAGUGAUGUCUAUGAUAUGUGUAUAGUGGUAUAUAUGUUUAGCUGUAUGUAUAUAUGCCACAGAAAGUAUGUGACCAAACACAUGUAUAUAAACACAUGUAUUUAUCUAACUACAUGUAAAUAAGUAUGCUGGUAGUAUGUAGGUGUUUGU